GAUAUAAAUGUAGAUUUUUAGGUGAGGCUGGAAUAUAUCCUUUUUAAAAAUUUGGCAAUGAAUUCAGUUAUUUUAAACACAGCAAGAGCUUAACAUAACAAGCUUGUAAGCAUAGUGGACCAUUAUUAACCAUCUGUUAAAAGGUAGUACAAAGAAAAACUGAAAUAAAGUUUUUCCUAAUAUUCGCAGAUAAACAUUUACUUUGCUUAUGUCAGAUGAACAUGCUUACCAUUCAUGCAGCUGUCCCUGUUACUUCAUGAUGAAUACUGUCAUUUUUUGUGCCUCAUGGACUAUUGCGUAGGAAUUGAGCCGUGUUUUUUGACUGCAGCCCUCAGAAAUGAGCGAGGAGAGAGUAACAUACACAGAGCUGAAAUCAGUCCAUUCAAGGCAACAGGACAAAAGACGUCCAAUGGUUAAAAGGAGAGGAUUUCCAUGGCAUAUCGUUGCAUUAACCCUGGGAUUUCUAUGUUUAUGCCUCCUGCUGGGGAUCACAGGCUUAGGAUAUAUGUUUUCUCACAGGUGUUCUGGAGAAAUCGGGCAAGAUAUGAAAGAACCAGAAGACAAGAAUGCUUCCUUAGCAGAGGUUGAAGAUCGCUUAAUUUUACUACCCACUACAGCAUGGAAUGAAGACGAUGACACAUUUCAAGGAAACUGGUACUGCCGUGGAAAAAGCUGUUACCACUUUUCAAAAGAGGAGAAAACUUGGGAGAGGAGCAUGGUGUCAUGCCAAGAUCUGCAGUCUAGUCUCCUGAAGAUUGAUACUAAAGAGGAGCAAGUCCUUAUUCAAUCAAAAAUAAAACACAAUCAUUGGAUUGGAUUAAGUAGGGUUCAAGAAGGCAGGUAUCCCUGGCAAUGGCUGGAUGGCUCACCCCUAUCUCAGAAGCUGUAAGUUUUCAUUUCAUGGCCUUUCUCCCUUUACUGCUCAGUAACGGAGUGGUAGAUUAUUGGUGAAGAAGAGGAACAGAUCCUUGGGGACUUAGGGAAUAUCGUUCAUUCCAUUUGAUCUUGCUUCUUAGAUUGGCAACCGAAUGCAAAUCUGAGACCUCACUAGACCCAAAGAGCAUGGUGUAUUCCAUGUUCUUUAAUGGAAAGUCCUGCCAAACCUAGUGAAAUGGCAUUUUGCUUUUGUAUCUUGUAUGUCCUAUGAUACAAGCAU